UGUCAAAAAACCUGCACUUUUAUCUUUAAAAACAAUGUUUGAAACUAUAGAGGACAAUGAAGAGAUUAUUAGAGCCUCAAUUAAACUAAUUUGGAAGGCGACUAAUGGAAAAGUUGUUAAUAUCACUUUUGAUGACCCAAUGCUGUUAGCAAAAGUUGUCUUAGAUAAUGACACUAGUAAAAUUAUAAUUUUGGAUGAACCAGAAGCAGUUCUGUUAAACAAAAAUAAUUAUAGAAAGAUAAGAAAUAAAUUAGCGGAAAAAAGUUCUAUUGCAAUUUACAAGGAGGAAAUCGAUGAUGGUAUCCAAGCAAAUGCAAAUAUAAUUGAAUCCGAUGUUGCAAAAACAGAUCAACAGACAGAAAAACUACAAAUAAAUAAAUGUUUUAAAGUUUCAAAAAAAAAUCAAGACCAAUCAUAUAAUGCAAUCGAAAAGGAUCAAGGAAAUGAAAAUCAAGUUUUGAACCCUAAUUUUCAGAAACAAUCUACUGGUAAUUCGCAAUUAAACACAUCAGAAAUAACGAUUGAAGAAAGUGCAGCUCAAAGCUCUAGCUUUGAUAUAGAGGAAGACAAUGCAAUUAAAGGAUCAAACCUUUCAAAUGAUACAGGCGCAUCUAUUUCUGUAGAACAAACUUUAAACUAUGAAAAAAAUAGUGACCCUUCUAAUGCAAACAAAAAAAAUCAAGAGAACAGAGCACAAGUUUUGAAAUCUAAAGUUCAGGUUAAUUAUAACGAUUCCAUAGAGCGCAUUCUUUCAGAUUUGACAGAUAAUUCUUUACCAAGCAUUAGCGAAAUAUUGCCAUCUCUAAUGCGAAACAAUAGUUAUAGUAAAAAAACAGCCCUUUCACAAUUUAAUAAUGUCGAAAAUGAUGUAGAUAGUAAUAGAAAUGGAAUUAGUGAAAAGGAGAUUCAGUCAGACCUUGGCAUUCAUGGUGCUGAUAUUGGAGUAAGGAGCAUGUCUUCAAUUUCUUCUCAUAAUAAGCCAGAUGGUGUUAAUGAAAAUGAAGAAUUAUCUGAUUUAACGGAGUGUGAAGAAUGCAAUAAUAUUAAUAAUACCACGAGCGUAAAUUAUCCAAUCGUAUUAAUAACUGACCCUCCACCAACUAUUUCAUUGAAUAAUGACAAGCAGGAAUUGGUACAUAGUAAAAAAUGUAGAAUUUCACUAGACACGUUAUAUAAUAAAGAAAGUAAAUAUUUGAAGAGAAAACGUGUACAAUAUACUUCAUCAAAAUCUGAUUCUAAUGAAACUACACCAGAAGCUAUAUCUUAUCAAGAAAAUGAUGAUGAUAACGAAUUUAUAGAAAAGUAUCAGGAACUGCAAUUAACUACUAUCAAAAAAGAUAAAGUUUGGCUUCUAAAAAAUACCUUUGAAAGUAUUCAGCAUUGUCAAUUUGAAACCUAUGGAGACAAACUUUUCUUUAAAAGCAACUUGAUCGAAAAACUACUUACCGAAAACCUUGACCACCUCUUUAAGCCCGAUGAAGAUGUUAUCCAUUUUUCACUUCAACCCUUACCUUUUUAUUCGCAAAGUUUUGAGUUAUUAGAUAAUUGCAUUAAAGAAUGGAAUAGACACUAUAAAAUGAUUAAGUCUCUCAAGGAUCUUUUGCUACGUUUGAUCGUAGCAUUCGUAACAGAUUAUGAACAAAAGGAGAAAAGAAACCCUCCCCUCAGAACUUUACGUGUACUUGUCAGCAACAAAAUUAAAUCAAUUUUACAAAUUGAUGAAAGGCAUGAACGAAGGUAUUGGAAUGCAACAUGGCAAUUAAUUGAAUUAUUAAAUUUAAUGCAAUGUCCGGCCUUAAUUCUUGUAAAAUCUGGUGUUAAUUCAAGCUUUUUAAAAAAAGCUUUUAAUAAUGAUUAUGACAAAUUUCUCAAAAAACUUUUGAACGAUGAAGAAGCAUAUCAUAAAACGCCUAAAUUUGACAACUCAUUAAUGAAAAAAAUUAAAGAGAAGUUAGAAUUAUGA